AUGCAUUCUCUUCAUUUAUUCAACAUUCUAGCUGCUGCGGCCGCCGUUGCGGCUCUGCCUGUCCAGCAGACUCAGGAUACUCAGCCGUCCAAAGAGGAUUCACUGAUUGUCCCCUCCUUUGGCUAUGAUCCAUACAAGAAGCGCAAUACCGACAACAAAGAGGACACGCUUAUUGUAUUUGACUAUGAUCCUUACAAGAAACGUGAUACCGACAACAAAGAGGACACGCUUAUUGUAUUUGGCUACGAUCCUUACAAGAAACGUGAUACCGACAACAAGCUCUAG